AUGCUGGACUGGAGAUUGGCAAGUACGCAUUUUAUCCUCGCUGUGACAUUGAUGCUGUGGAGCUCAGGAAAAGUGCUCUCAGUGGAUGUAGCAACAGAGGCUUUUGAUUCUGGACUCAGAGAUGUGCAGUCACCACCCAUAAUGAGGGAAGGGAAAUCAGCUGCUGAUCUGGCAGCUAAACUUAUGCUUCUUGAUGAACUUGUGUCUCUGGAGAAUGACGUGAUUGAAACAAAGAAAAAAAGGAGUUUCUCUGGUUUCGGCUCUCCAAUGGACAGGCUCUCAGCUGGCUCUGUAGAUCACAAAGGCAAACAGAGAAAAGUAGUAGAUCAUCCAAAAAGGCGAUUUGGUGUUCCCAUGGAUCGGAUUGGUGGAAACCGGCUUUCAAAUUCCAGAGGCUAA